GCCCGGAGGCAGCAGCUGAGCGGCUGCCGGCGUGUGGGGGGAAGGCUGCGGGCGCGGCGCGGCACUGGACGGCUCGGCGCGGGAGCGGACAGGGCGACGCCGGGGAGGUGCCUCCCCUCCGGUCCGCACCUGGCUCCCACCACGAAGGCGAGAUGGAGGUUGGUAUUUGCAAACAGGAGAUGCUCCAGAAGAAGAAGAAUGCUGUUUUGGUGGAUGGGGUCAUCCUAAAUGGUCCAAUAAUGGACUCAAAAGCAGGAGAGAAAUUUGUGGAAGAGGCUUGUAAGAUUAUAAUGGAAGAAGUCAUCCGGAAAGCUGAUGAUGUAACAGAAAAGGUUUGUGAGUGGCAAGCCCCUGAAACACUGAAGCAGAUUCUUGACCUGGAGAUGAGGGACACGGGAGAAUCUCAUCAGAAACUCUUGCAACUCUGCCGGGAUGUUAUACAAUACAGCGUCAAAACCAGUCAUCCAAGAUUUUUCAAUCAGCUGUAUGCCGGAAUAGAUUAUUACUCAUUAGUGGCUCGUUUCAUUACAGAAGCACUGAACCCAAGUGUAUAUACAUAUGAAGUAUCCCCUGUGUUUCUGUUGGUGGAAGAAGCAGUCAUCAAAAAAAUGAUUGAGUUCAUAGGCUGGGAAGAAGGUGAUGGUCUAUUUAAUCCAGGUGGCUCUGUUUCUAAUAUGUAUGCGAUGAACUUAGCAAGAUACAAGUUUUGUCCUGAGAUAAAGGAAAAAGGGCUUUCAGGUUUGCCAAGACUAGUCCUGUUUGCUUCGGAAGAGUGUCAUUACUCCAUGAAGAAGGCAGCCUCCUUCCUGGGUAUUGGUACAGAGAACGUUUACUUCAUCAAAACAGAUGAAAGAGGUAAGAUGGUACCUGAGGAACUGGAGAAACAAGUCCAACGGGCCAGGAAAGAGGGGUCAGCACCAUUUCUUGUCUGUGCUACAGCAGGCACAACAGUGCUGGGAGCAUUUGAUCCUCUGGAUAGCAUUGCCGAUAUCUGUGAAAAGCAUGGCCUCUGGCUUCAUGUUGAUGCUUCUUGGGGUGGCUCGGCUCUGGUAUCAAGGAAGCAUUGCAGACUUCUUCAUGGCAUCCACAGGGCUGAUUCUGUUGCAUGGAAUCCCCAUAAAAUGCUGUUGGCCGGAAUCCAGUGCUGUGCUCUUCUGGUGAAAGACAACUCUGGCCUCCUGAAGAAGUGUUACUCUGCCAAGGCUGCAUACCUCUUCCAGCAGGACAAGUUCUACGAUGUCAGCUAUGACACUGGUGACAAGUCCAUUCAGUGCAGCAGGCGUCCGGAUUCAUUCAAAUUCUGGCUGAUGUGGAAGGCAUUGGGAACCACAGGCCUGGAGGAGAGAGUAAACAGGGCACUGGCUUUGGCUAGAUAUCUAGUGGAGGAAAUUAAGAAAAGAGAGGGAUUCCAGCUUCUUUUGGAGCCGGAGUAUGCAAAUGUUUGCUUUUGGUACAUUCCACCAAGCUUAAGAAAAAUGGAGGAUAGACCUGAAUUUUGGCAGAAGCUACACCAGGUUGCUCCUAUAAUUAAAGAAAGGAUGAUGAAGAAGGGCAGCAUGAUGCUUGGGUACCAGCCUCACCAGGGCAAAGUCAACUUCUUCCGCCAGGUGGUGAUCAGCCCGCAAGUUAGUCGAGAAGACAUGGACUUCUUGCUGGAUGAAAUCGAACUGCUUGCUAAGGACUUGUAGCUGUAGCUCCGUGGCACCAGGCGCUGCUCACAUGCGAUAUUUAAGGAGGGAGAACAGCAGCAGCAUUCUGGUGCUAUAUUGUGGAAGGUAGUAUAAAGCUUGACAUAUAGUUUGGAAACUGUCGUUUUACAGAGUGAUGCUAAGGGCUUUGCUGGUAUGACACCCCUUCCCAGGAAAGUAUUUGCCGAUGGGGGCUGAGAGUGGCUUGGGGCAGGCUUGCUGCCGCUGCCGCCAUUCUGGGAAGUGUUUCCUUCAGAAAGGGAGCACUUCUGAAAAUGGUGUCUACGUCCCAGGGAGGGCAGCUAUUUACGGGGUGCCUAUGCACAGUGUGGCUCAAACUGCUCACUUACGUAUGCAGGCAAUACUCUUCUAAGUUACUGUUAGGAGUGGAUUUAGCUCAGUGAGCCUUAAAAUGCUAGUUAAUACUCUGUCAAUAUUGUAGUUUGCUCUGUGUUUAAGGGUAGAGGCCUGGCUGGUAGUUACACGGGUAAGACUGGAAGUUGUGGGCUUAUAUGAAGAGUUCCUCGCGGCCCCUCACUAGGUGGAUUGGCCAGGUUUUCCGCUGUGAGCACAGGCAGACGGUAGAAUGGGGCUUGGUGGGCUUGUGCUGUCGCUGUCCUGGUUGGUUUGCAGGAUGCCCCUACACAAAGCCCCGAGCAACCAAUAUUGACCCUGCUUUAAGCAGGUUAAACUAGAUGACCUGUUAAGGUCCCUUCCAACCUACAGGAUUUUGUGAUUCUGUGAAAUAUAAUCAUUGGGCCCAGUCGGUGUUUGCUAGCGUUGCCCACCUGAAUAUCACAACCCCUUUAGCAGAGCUAAGAAUAUUGCAGUAGCACUUAAAGCUUCGUACCUCUUUGUUAACAGGAAUUACCUACCAUUUCUGAACUGCUGUUCACCUUCCUCUAUUUUUAAAGUGUAAAGAUUUAUUUAGCAGCUUUUAGAUGCAUUUUAAAAUUAUAACAGAAAAAAAUACAUUUACCUGAAAGAUAUGUAGUUUUUUAUGUCUGGUGACUAUAUAUUAAGAAUAUAGCAGAAUUAAUUAUACGUCAUUGUCUGCUUGUAUUUUCCUACAGAUUUGAGAUGUUAUCAGUGUUAGAAUAUAUAAUAUAUAGAACAUGUAUUAUAUAAUAUAACAUAAUCUUAUGUUAUUAUUGUAUAAUUUGUAUUUUGACACUGAAAUUAAGGUGGUGGUGAUCAGAGAAGGCCUGCCUGUGAUUUUAGGAUAUGAACAGCUUGAACAUUUUUGGUCAAUCUUAAGUUGCAAAAUUAAGUUCUAAACUUUGUGUUAAGAAUCACAGAACAGUUUUGAUCUGGUUUGAUUCUAUGAAAUGAUCCAUUUUAUAAAGAUAGAAAUGUAUUUCUUGGGGUGAAGUUCUUGCAGCAAAGUAAUGGAAAUAGCCAUGCCUUUCACCUUGUAAUCAACAGCUGCUUAGCUUCAAAGUUUUGAUGUUUGCUCCUUAUUCUGCAUUUGAAGUAGCGCUGACCAAUGCGAACUUUUCUGCUAUAACGUUAUCUGUCCUGCUGAAAGCUGUCUUUAAACACAAUGAUAUCUUGUCUUCAUUUCCUACAUUGUACUAGGAUCCAACAUUGCAUGAAAUUCCUUCUUUCAGUCUCCAGGAUGGUGGUGUGGAAAGAUUAACAAGGUCAUGAUAACCAAGGAGGUCACACUAUUGGAGUGGUAGAUAGGAGCAAGAGUUACCCUGCAGCAAUGGCAGAUGCCUUUUACAGUGCUGGAAGUGAAUAUUUUUGUGCUAUUACAGUGAUUCACUGGACUUUAAGCCAAACCCACAUUGAUAUUAAUAUAAAAAUGUGUAUCGCAAAGUGGCCCCUGGAUUCUGCCCCGCAAUACCCAAGUUCACUUUAUUGCCUUGUGCUUUUGGCUAUACCAGCUGUCGUGAUCUUGGAAAGCCCCUAACUAAAUUCAGGGCCCAUAAGGCUUAUUUAGCCUCCCAGGCGCUCUGGGUAGAGUGCAGAGUGCACGAAGGGGUGUUGGGUGGAUGGGAUGGCUGCUGUUGCUUCUUGAGUUGGACAGUUCCCCUUCAGUUACCCCUUCUCCUUCUCUCUUUUGAUCUGGAAGGGAAAGACAGAAUACAGUGUCCGGAUGUUUUGAUUAUGGUCCAGACUCUUGGUGAGUACUUGAUUUUUGUUUCAGGGAGAGCUAUGUCACCUUCCAUCAGCUAAGAAGUUGGUCUGUGGUGUUUCAUGACACCACUAUGAUCAAAAGAAGUGUUCCUGCCUUGUUUCUCUUCAUGUUGUUAGUGCAUUUCUCUGUUUCUGUGACACUUGUGGCACAUGUCAGACUGAAGUAACACAGUUCCCUUCUGUAGCACUAGUGGCUCUAGUAUUUUUAAACGAAUGGAAAGCAAAAUGGAAAAAAAUUAUGUUUGCAGAAAGUAGGUCUCUCCGCUCAACAUGUACACCUCUUUCUUCAAAGGUGUAGGUUAACCUUCCAGUGUGGUGUGCGUACUUUAUCUAAUCUCCAUAUCUUUUCUAUUAUUUCUGAUCCCUUAUCAUGUCCCCGGUGCGCAAUAUGAUGAUCUCAUUUCGGGUCUAAUGUAACUUUCUCAUAGUUGCCUAUGUAGCGCUAGUAUGUACAAAAUGUCUAUUUUGUAGCUGGUGAUUUUAAUAAAAAGUCAGGUAAAUGACACCCUUAUA